CUAAUCAAUGAAGAAUUAUUACGAAUUACUAUCGUGGAAAUGAUUUUUUAAAAGUUUCUGGGAUUUGAUGUGUUGGAUUAUUAAUACUAUUGUAAUAUUGUAUUAUUCACAACAAACAUCAACGAAUUAAACACAAUGGCGACUUUUGAUUCCAAAUACGACAUGUAUCCUGCUGGUGAUGUAGGAGUUAUAGAAGGUGAAAUGAACAUUCCAGGUCAGGGUGUACCUUCUGGUGAUACAAUGGAGUUUAAUACUCUAGAUGAACCUAUUAAAGAAACAUUUCUAAGAGACUUAAGAGCUGUGGGUAAUAAAUUCUACCAUGUACUAAUACCCAGAGAGAAAACAAGUUUAUUGAAAGAAUGGGAUCUAUGGGGUCCAUUAUUACUUUGUACAUUCAUGGCAACUAUUCUGCAGGGCUCGUCAGAACCCACAAGUAAAACAGGUGACGGAGGCCCUGAAUUUGCAGAAGUCUUUGUACUGGUGUGGAUAGGUGCCGCUAUUGUGACCUUUAAUUCUAAGCUACUUGGAGGAAAUAUGUCGUUUUUCCAAUCAGUAUGCGUGUUGGGAUAUUGUCUUUUCCCCAUUGCAUUAGCUCUAGUCAUCUGCCGAGUGAUAUUGUUCAGUACACAAAAUACAUUUUUAUUCUUCCUACGAUUUGUCAUAUCUAUGGUUGGAUUCAUAUGGGCAACAUUUGCUGCAACAAAAUUCCUUGGUGAUAGCCAGCCUGAAGGUAAAAAAGGUCUAGCAGUUUACCCCAUUUGCUUGUUCUACUUCAUACUAUCGUGGCUAGUCGUUUCUCACACCGCUUAGGAGCACAAUUGUGAUAAAGACUUGUAGGGUAAUUUGUGAAUAUUUAUGUAAUGUAAGUUAUUAAUAUAUGAAUUUAUGACACAAAUACAGUGUAAUGUUUUAAUAAGUAUUAAGGUUAGCGAAGGGACUAAUUUUGAACUAAAUAGAAAGCUGCGUUCAGGCCUGUUUGGCGUAUUGAUACCAUGAAGUUACUGUAUCUAUAUACAUUUUAUUAAACCUAGUUGUCUUACAAAUAACAUCGUUAAACGGACACAACUUUAAUUUUUUUUUAAUAUUGUUACUAUAUUAUAUCAUCCUAGGGGGUAUAUCAUCCUCAUAUUUUGAAAAUUCUGUCUCAUACCGAAGGUCUUUUUGACUGGUCAGUUUUUUGUUCGUGUCGCACCAGGUGGCGCUAUAAAAUCAUUUUGUUUUAUAUAAAGAGAUUUUUUUAUUAAUUUCCUGUUUCCAAUUGCAAAACCUCAAAUCGGUUAUUAAGCCUGGUUGUACAGAAUUAAAUGUAGCAGAAAUUAGAUUAAGUUGUUUCGUGGCAUACGUUUAAGUUAGGACGAUUGUAUGACUAAGUUUGUCUUUUUAUACUCACCACAUUCUUUAACACAUUCCAUUCUGGAUUUACAGUAUUUUUUAAAUCUAAUUUAUUUAUAUUAUGUACUUAAAAUUUCUUCGGAAUUUAUGAAAUAUCAUGUUUUCAACAACAUUUU